AUGGGGAAGCAGCAGCAGCAGCAACAACGACAACAGCAACAGCAACAACAACAGCAGCAGCAGCAGCAGCAACAGCAGCAACAGCAGCAACAGCAGCAGCCCAACCCGGGGCAACUUGCUGGCACAUCGACCAAGGGGCUGGCCAGCGUUCGGGCGGCUACAAAUGGGUUUGUGCACAUUGGCAGCACGGUUUACAACGACAGCGCCUUUUUCAGCUUUGACAAGGAGGCUGCCAACGUGGCGCGGCUGCAGGCUCUUUUUGCGGCGCACGAGGUGCCGGUGCUGUACGAUCAGCAUACGCGCUAUCUGGACUUUGAGCGACAUGGCGUGCAGCCGGCGCCGGCAUACAUCAACAUGGUGCGUGAGCCCGUGGCUCGGCUAGUUUCGCUUUACUACUACAAGCUGCGGGGCUCAUAUCCAAAGCGAGAACAGUACCGGGCAGCGGUCAAUGCUCGUGGACCGACGGGCACGGUCGCGGCAGAUUGGAGCGUGGACGAGUGCUUGUCUCACCCGCAGCAUUGCGAUUUGUUGGGAAAGAGCGUGGAGCAUAACAAUCUGAUGACGGGCUUCUUUUGCGGACACGCACCCGAGUGCCAGGACUUUGGCGAGGCCACGUUGCGCAAGGCGCAGUCCAACCUGGACAAGUAUGUGGCUGUGGGGCUGGCGGAGGAGUUUGACACUUCCAUGGCGCUCUUUGCCCGGCUGUUGCCCGACUUUUAUGGGGGACCCGAGGCGGCCGAGGGUCCAGACAAGGUCCCUGCAGAUCGUUUAAGCGAGGCCACAAGCUUGAAUCGCAACACACACGCCGGACCACCGCCUUCGGCUGCGGGAUACCGACAGCUGGCUGCGUUGGCCCUCUACGACAUUGAGCUCUACCGCUACGCCGUGGCGCGCUUCUACCAGCAUGCAUCGGCUUGUCACCUUGCCCUCAACAUCAGCCAUCUGUUGACGCUAUAG